AGUUAUGACACACUGAUGCCUUGGUUGGCUGUCCCUAUAGCAUAGCCAACUUUUGCCCAGAUCACGAGAAAAAAAAACAACUUUUGCCAGCUAAGACAAAUUUCCCCAAUUAUUGAGAUCUGCUCUACCCCAAUUAUGCGAAUGUUCUUUUCAAAAUUUAAAAUUUAAAAAUUAAAAAAAGCAAGCCUGGGCUACUAAGAAUGGUGAAUGGCCUGGUUCCUGCGGGUGCAAUCGUUGUUGAUGUUCUUAGCAAAGAUAACUAUGAGCAUUGGAGUGCAUUGGUUAAAAAUUACUUGCUGGCUCAAGACCUUUGGGACGUAGUGGAGCCUACAGCUGAACCUCCUGUACCAGAAGAAGCUGAUCAGCUCAUCGCUGGGAGGAAGUCUGCCGCGGCGUUACAUGCGAUCCAAAUUUCGUGUGGGCCGGAUGCGUUUUCCGUGAUUAAGGAGAUCAGUUCAGCCAAUGAUGCUUGGUAUAUUUUGGCCCAAACGUUCAAGCCACGACAAUGGAGAUCUGUUCAGUCUGCAAACUCAUCAAACAACCCAGAUGAGAACAAUGUGGCCGAGCAUGAUCUGGAUGAACCUUUCUUUGCUGUGGCCGAGCAUGAUCUGUAUGAACCUUUCUGUGCUGCUGUUAAGAUCGGUGAUUGGCAUAAAACGAAUGAGUUUCUUAGCCGAUAUCCCGAUGCAAUAAGAAAAAGAUAUUCAACAGGAGGGACAGCUCUUCACAUUGCAACCAAGUUCGGACAUGAGCAUAUGGUGGAAGAGUUGGUGCAGUUGAUGACAGCUGAAGACUUGGAGAUACGAGAUUUUGGUUGGACAGCUCUUCAUCUUGCUGCAAGAUUAAGUCUCAAAAUGGUUGAAUGCAUGGUUGAAAAGAACAGGAAUCUACUUGGUAUGGUCGAAAGGUCCCACGGUCUGACGCCAAUUCUCUUCGCUGCUAAAAAUGACUUAUGGGAUAUCGUUCGUUAUCUGUAUCACCUCACUCCGAUCGAAGGCCUAAUGCCAGAGAAUGGCCCUUAUGGCGCUGGACUUGUUUGCUUUUGUUUCUAUGCCAAACAAUUUGAUAUUGCCUGGGACUUACUUCACCGCUGCCCACGAUUGGCCAUUACUAAAGGUCCGACGGGCGAAUCCCCUAUAUUUGUAUUGGCAGAUAUCCCUUCUGUAUUCCCGAGUGGGACGCCGCUCAAAUUCUGGCAACAGUGGAUCUAUGACCGUAUACACAUACCUGAUGAUAGUGAAAAUGUUCAAAAUCCAGAAAAUGAACUGGGUAACCAAAGAAAUAUCAGUUUCUCAGGUAUACACAUACAACCUCCUGCAAUCCCUGAUGUUAGUGAAAAUGUUCAAAAUCCAGAAAAUGAACUCGGUAACCAAAGAAAUAUCAGUUUCUCAGGUUUAUUGCAGGGGAUUCCUUCUACCCUCCACAACCUUUUAGGGAUCAACCACAUACGUGAAAUGAAAUGGGUCCAUCAUCGCUGGCGAUCUAUUUUGAAAUACAUGUUAAGUGAAGUAGAACGUGUAGAUAUCCAAGAAAGGGAAGAUGGCCUUGUUUAUGAAGCAGUAUUCCAAGCUGUCCGAAGAGGGAUUAUUGAGUUCGUUAUUCGUUUAUGUGAAGUAGAUCCGGAUGUAUUGUGGCGAAGCAAUUCAAUGGGAAGGAACAUAUUUCACUAUUCAAUUGAGUGUCGCCAGGAAAAAGUUUAUAGCCUUAUAUAUGGGGUUGGUCAAAGAAAUCUUAUUGCAACAUUUUCAGACGCUUUUGGAAAUGAUAUGCUACAUCUUGCAGGGAUGCUAUCUCCAACGGAAAAACUUGAUUGUAUUUCAGGUGCAGCCUUGCAAAUGCAGAGAGAAAGACAAUGGUUCAAGGAGGUUAAGAGUAUUGUAGUUUUACCCUCGGGAGUGAGAGCUUUCAAUAAAGAGGGUAAGAGACCCCAUGAAGUAUUUACCCAGAACCACAAGAAAUUGAAGGAAGAAGGAGAAAAGUGGAUGAAAGAUACAGCUACUUCUUGUACAGUUGUAGGUGCUCUCACUAUUACCAUCAUGUUUGCUGCAGCCUUCACAGUUCCUGGUGGAAACGAUGGAGAAGGCUUUCCCAUAUUCUUACAUAAAAAGGAUGGAGAAGGCUCUCACUGUUACCAUCAUGUUUACCAUCAUGUUUACCAUCAUGUUUUUAUAGUUUUCAUAGUUUCAGAUGCUAUAUCUCUCUUUUCUUCCGUAACUUCAGUGCUAAUGUUUUUGGGAAUCCUUACAUCACGUUAUGCGGAAGAUGAUUUCCUCAAAUCCUUACCCACAAAGAUGAUAAUAGGCCUUUCAACGCUCUUGAUCUCCAUCGCUACCAUGAUGGUUGCCUUUUGUUCUGGCCUUUUCCUUAUGCUUCAUGACAGAUUACAGGUUGUUAUCCCAAUCAUUUUCCUCGCCAUCAUUCCAGUCGCCUUAUUUAUUGGGAUGCAAUUUCGCCUUCUCAAAGAGAUUUUCAUUUCUACAUAUGGAGGAGGAAUAUUUGACAAGAAAGUAAAACGGUGGAUGGAAAUUCCUGAUGGUGAAUGAAAUAUAUAUUUUAUUUUUUAUUUAGAAAUGAAAUAAUUGUAUAUUACUUUCGUAAUGUUGUCAUCGCUUCUAAGAAGCUUGUUUGUAUUCACUAUGUAAGUGUUUUGGGGUACUGUAAUGAAAACUUGAGAUUUUAAUUGUUCUUCAAUUAUGAAGAUAUAGUUGAGUAGGAGAA